UGCUAGUUGUAUGACGUUUGACGUGACGUGACGGAUGUGUGAUACAAUAGAUUGCGCAUAAAAGUAAAUUAUAAAUAUUUCCAUGUUUUACUCAUAAGAACCAAUAAAGGAUGGCUAAAACAAAAGUGACCGGGGCCACUAGCAGGCUAAAGCAAGACUACUUGCGGCUGAAAAACGACCCAGUGCCGUACGUUACAGCGGAGCCUGUGCCGUCAAACAUUCUCGAGUGGCAUUAUGUGGUACGAGGACCCGAGAAAAGUCCAUACGAAGGUGGUUACUACCAUGGGAAAAUCAUAUUUCCGCGAGAGUUUCCGUUCAAACCACCAUCUAUCUACAUGAUCACGCCCAACGGCCGCUUCCGAACCAACACACGUCUGUGCCUCAGCAUCACGGACUUCCACCCUGACACCUGGAACCCGGCAUGGUCUAUUUCGACCAUACUAACGGGCCUGCUAAGUUUUAUGCUAGAAAAGACACCUACUUGGGGUUCCAUAGAAACAUCAGAUUACCAAAAGCGGUGCAUGGCAGCUGAAUCCCUGGAAAUUAAUAUAAAAAACAAGAUGUUCUGUGAACUAUUUCCAGAAUUUGUGGAAGAAAUUGAACAACAGUUGAAGGAGAGACAGGAGGCUAUGCUGCAAGCAGAGGAGGUUCCGGGCAGUGACAGUGAAGUGAUGACAGAGCAACAAUCCAACAUGUACUAUAUUAUGACAAAUUUGUUUGUUCUUGUGGGUUUCAUCUUUCUCGCAUAUAUGGUGAAAUACGUCCUAGUCUCUAUAUCCAAUGACUAGACAAUAAAAUAUUGCUAAAUUUUAUUGUAAAUAUUGUAAUUUAUUUUGUAUAUAGGUACUUAUUCCACUGAAAGUGUACAAUGAAUUUUUUCGUAACUGCACCUUAACGUUCCGUUCAUGUAUUCUAUCUCACUAUUGUAAUCAAUUAGGCUGUUAGCUGUUGCUAAUUUUAUAGUGUGCAGUAUAUUCUGUUUCUUGUCUUUUUCAUUCAGCAACUACCUAUUUAUUCUUAUAUUUCUAAUUUAAUGUUAGGCCUCUAAGCUAACAUAAUAUCUGUUACCUAUUUAUUAAUUGCUUUCAUAGUAUUCUAGAUAGAUGCAACUUUUUAUGAGCACAGUUGCACAAACAUUAAUAAAAUUAAAUGUUAAUGCUGCCACGCAUCCUUGUGCAUAUGGUCUGAUGAUUUCAUGUUAUUUAUUUUAUUGUUUGUGCAAGUGUGUAACUAAGAUUACUUAUAUUAUAAUGGCAUUAGUAUCGAAAUUGCAUUUACUGUUUAUAUUUGUUUUUUUUUUCACUAAGUAUUUACUGUGGAGAAAGAUUGCAUUACUUUCACUGCCAGCAGCCCGUGUGUUUGAAGCUGUCUCCGAUAAUGCCACUUUAAUGUGCAACCCAUGUUUUAUACUGAUGUGAAUGAACACUGUAAAGGUUUCUAAUACCAUAUAUUAUCAAUUAUCGUGAAAGAGUGACUAGUGUAGUAAAUAUUAGCUUCAUUGUGGGUCAAAGGCCAGUGAAAUCUUGCCAAUGAGAGCAUGAAAAUUAUUACCUUAAAAGUAUCUGUGAUGAAAGCAUUAGAUCUGUGCACUGUUAUAUAAAUUUGACAACUUGGCAAAUGAGUUUGCAAUCUGUACCAUAGCCCAGGGAUGUUACCAGGAAACGACUUUGUUUACCUAUUCAUCAUGUUGAAUGGAGAAAUGAUUCUGUGUUGGGUAAUUAGCUUGUUAAAUAGCAAUUUAACUUGUAACAAUGAGUAAUUACAACUAAAUGUAUAAUUUUCCGUUGGAAAUUUGUAGAUAAUACCUAUUGUUUAAUAAAAUAAAGCAUUGAGUAAAGUGUUAAUAUUUUUCUAUUUUAU